GGUCUGAGUAGCGCUUAGCUGCUUGCCUACUUCGCUACUUAGCUUCCUAAUUUCUACAAACAAAAAAUGCAAGCGUUUCGAAGAAUCGCAACCUCUAUCUCACUAUCAAAACCCAAGCAAUUAAACGCACCGUCCUUCACCGUUGCCGCCAAACCCUAUCUCAAAAUUUCCGACGAACUUCCCGCGGCGAGGUUCUGGUCGUCGGGGCGCCAUUCCGGCAACGGCGAAGAUGAAUGGAACGAGGCGUGGGAGUCAGCGUGGCUUCCGGAGGAUCUCACGCCCAAGUCUCGGGCGCCAUGGGAGACCGACGUUAACUUUGGUUCCCCCUCCACGUCCUUGCGGCAGUCUUCCUCCACCGCCAUUUCCGCCGGCGUUGCGGUGGCGGAAACCGAAGCUCAUGCUGACGCGGAGACGAAGGCGUUCGUGGAGGAGAUGAACGAGAAUUGGGAGGUUAGGAGAAAGAAGGGAUCGAAGGAGAAAGAGAAGGUGCAAAAUGGUGCCGUUUAUAGCGUGGAGAAUAUGAAGAAGGAUUACCGGUUGAGGAAGCAAAGGGUGCACGCUGGGCUGUGGGUUAAGGAGAUUGAGAAGCUCGAGGAGGCUAAGUUGGGGGAUUCCAAUGGCAGCAGCGGCGGCGAUGACAUUCAGAGAUUGCUUGAUAGCUGCUCGGACAUCUUCGACUCCGGCAACAAUGAUCUGAACAACACGGAAGUUCCAACUUCUGAGUUCAAAAACAUGCCUGAUGGAUGGGAAACAAUAUCUAAAUCUCAAGAUGGAAACAUAUGGGAGAUGUCCCAGAGAGAAGAGGAUAUACUUCUCCAGGAAUUUGAGCGUCGAAUUGCUUAUAGCAAGUUUCAGAUCGCUAGUUUUAUCAAGACUCAUAUAUUUAGUCGGAGGAGACCAAUCGAUGGGUGGAAAUAUAUGAUAGAGGUGGUGGGACCAAAUGCUAAGAAAGGGAAGGGUAGUGUCUCUAGGGUUCCCAGUCUAGCUGAUCCCUCUACUCAACCGUUCAAGGAGAAGACCCUUGUUAACAAGAGUUACAUUCCCCUUGAGAGAAGGUAGUAUCAUGUAUUCUCUUUCACUUUCUAUAGGUAUUAUCAUUUAAAUUUUGGCAGAUAAGAGGACAGUUAUAGCAACUUAUCUAUGCUGACAACAGAUAUGCUUCAUGAGUACAUGGUUAAAUGCUCAAAACCCUUCAUGAAGUUAUGCAUUUUCGGUGUAAGUUACCCUACUCUGCGGAUUAUUUGUAAUGCAUCCAAUCUAUUGCAUGUUUGUCUGGCAAUGUUUGCGUCCUAUCCUUGUGUUGGUAAAGUUAGCUUAUUAUCCGUCAGUAGAUAAAUGUUUAAUAUAAUAAGUUAAUAAACUUGCAAGGAAAAAGUUUGUUUGUUUUAGAAAAUGGUUUGCAGAUUAAGGUAUUUGAAUUGAAUAAGAUAUUUAUAAACUACCAAAUGGGAUUUAUGGAGUGAUAUUCAUGAGAAAUGGCAUAUUACUGCUGUUUUUUGAGAUGGGAAUCGACAAAAGAAAGGGUUUUCAAGUAAGUAGUUGUAGAUAUGCUUUGUGAGAAUCAUUGAUACUAGUAAAAACGAUAAAAAGUAUAUGGGUAACAGAGAAGUGAAAAAAGAAGGAAAGGAAUAGUGAUUAGAGAACUGCACUUACAAGCAGUUAAAAUUUUUAAAGUGACACGAUUUACAGACGAAUUUACGUAGCAAUCACCAUUUAAGCAAAAGUGAGUAAUCAUCCAUAUUGAAACCUUGAAUGCAUAUAAAAUAAUAAUUCCAAUUUACUAGACAUUUAUCUUUUAGUGAUGAACUUGACAUGGGUAUCUGACUGCUUUAUCUACAUUUUCCGUUUGAAAAAUUUAAUAUUGCAUGUUAAGAUUGAAAAUCAUGAACAGUAACCAGCAAAAUAAAAAACGGCAGAGUGGCAGAGUGGCAGAAACAAUUUGUACAUCGCUACUCAGUACUCACGGUUGGCAAAAUCAUUGAAUGGAAUCUUGAGGCUAUUUCAAAUGUAAAUGCAUGUUCUAUCAUCUAUGUGGCAUCGACCACUCAGCAAAUGAGUAAAGACCCAGAUAUUUACUCUUUCAACAAAAUAUGCAGACGCAGAAGCUUUCAAAAGAAAUUUAGGAUCUUGAAUUUCACACUUGGGAGCCUAUAACAGUUGAGACUUGAGAGUUGAUAUGCAUAACAUAUUGUUCAUUGCCCAGAACGUGUUGUUCAUUGCCCAGAACGUGAUGAUGACUGGUGAUUGUUCCGUGAUCCCAAAAGCACCAGCACAUGUAAAAUAAUCCAAAAUACUAAUUCAACACCCGGAGAAUGAGAUCGAUAGCCACAACUAUGCUCAAAUAGUAAGAAAUAUGUAGAGUAUAAAAUAUGGGAAACGUGUCAGGUGAAGUAAUGUAACUUUCGUGGCAUUUUAGUACGCCAUGGUUUGUAACCAUUAAGAUUUAAAUUAAAAUAUUUUAAUGGUUAAGAUGAUGUGGAGUUUUUAUGCUGUGAACACAAGUUAUUUAAGGUAUAGUUAUCAAAAUUGAAUCGGACUGACGAAAAACUGAUGAACCAUAAAAAAUAUUAUUCAACGGCCAUUU